UUUAAAGCCAAGAGGGGCAAACCCUUUUGUUGUGCGGCUCUGCGAAACUUGGAAAAUGGGUGCUUACAAGUAUGUGUCUGAGCUAUGGAGGAAGAAACAGUCCGAUGUCAUGAGGUUCGUGCAGAGGGUUAGGUGCUGGGAGUACAGACAGCAGCCUUCCAUUGUCCGUCUCGUCAGGCCUACUCGUCCCGACAAGGCUCGUCGUUUGGGCUACAAGGCCAAACAAGGAUUUGUGGUGUACCGUGUCCGUGUGAGACGUGGUGGACGCAAGAGGCCAGUGCCAAAGGGUAUUGUGUAUGGUAAGCCCACAAACCAGGGAGUCACCCAACUCAAGUUCCAG